GGCUUGCUCGGUAUCGGCGCCCGCGACGCGUUUAGUUUCGCGCGAGCUUGCAGCGGUGGAGGACGCUUCAACGGCCGGCGAGACGGGCGGUACGUCGAGAGGGAAAAUUCGAAAUAACGCGACACACGAUCGGAUCGCUUCGCUGUGACGAAGGAAAGAGAGCAAAAGGAUUACGGAGAAAGAAAGUUUGCGGAGAGUUUGAGACGGAGGUUUUUCUGUGCCGAGCGCGACGACUGCGGAAUUUGUUCGCAGGAUCUCAGUUAAAAGGCGCAUAAAACGUGCGGACGUCCCAUAUGAUAACGCAGAUGAAGAACCUCGCGAAGGAUCCCAUCGGCGAUAUGUCUACUUACGAAAGGUCGAACGACGAGCAUCAACUGUCGACGAUAACGAGGAUCGUAGGGGUGUGCACCGCUAUUGUUGUGUGCGGCGUCGGCGCGGAUGUGGCGUACCAUCGGCACGUCAUGGGGCUUUACGUUACGGCGGCGUCGGGGGUGAUCUUUUUCCUCGAGGUGACUUGGGCCAUCACACUGUUCGUGCAGCUCUGUGUCAGGAACGAGGAGUCUCUCUGCUCGCGCUGCUGGUCCGGCGUUCUGUCGGCCACGCGGGGCUGGCGAAGAGCGUUGUUCUACCUGCCGUUGUCCUGCAUCCUGGCGUGGCGACCCAAUAAACUUUGGUUAUCCUACGUCGCGGCCGGCUUGUUGGCGGUACUGUCCCUGCUGCAUAUUGCAUCGAGCGCGCUGGGACGACGAGAUUCUUGCCAAUCGAAUGCCGACUCGGUAGGCGAGAGCCUCUUGAACUCCAGGCAGGAGAAUUACGACCGCUUUGAGGAAGUCCUGGUGACGGAGGUUCUCGAUGACGGGGUGUCAGGACCAGGACGCUGUCCCGGGGACAGCGACGGCGAGAUAUGACACGAGCGACGGUCCUCCUGGGCCAGCGAGUCCGACGAGGAUAGCGAGCUUGAACAGAGGACAUGUCAAAUUGCCACGCUGUCUUAGUCCUUUGCGACUGGACCUCGAAUCGAUCUAGUCGCGUGUCAAAGAGAGUCAAUUGAGCACUCGGAUUCUGUUUGCGGCGAGAACGAACGCGAGAAUUGCGCGAGGCCGAAGUAAUGCCUUCUAAAAUUGUGUAAAUUGAGAAAAUGUCGGAGAAGUCAUCCGUGGCAGAUUUGAUAAAUCUAAGAAUAAAGAUGAGAGAGUUUUGAUUUAUUGAUUUACAAAUCUACAAAAGAAAAAAAACGACGUGAAAUAAUCGCAUCGUUGUGCGUGCGCGUGAAGGAAUGAAUGUGCGCGAAUAUUUUUCUUAGACAGACACUUGUUAGUUACAUAUAAUUUUCUAUACGUUAUGUCUUUUAGGAAAUCAUAGAUAUAAAUGUAUAAUAUAUAAUUGCAUGACGUUCAAAGAACAGCCGUAAAGUUUUGAUUAUAAAGCGAUCACUCGAUAAGCUAUAUUAAAUUGUCAAUAUAUAAAAUUGCUAAUAAAUAUUUUCUAAAAGCA